CCUUUCUGUUGAACUCAUGACCUUGCGGGGAGGGAGGGGCCUGUGGAGAGGAGUGAGGAAGGCCGAAAGUCAGGGAUUUUCUUCCUGAGGAAACUACAGAUCCCAUCGCCAUGCAGACCCUCCGCCUGCCCCCCAAGCUGUGCUGGGGACUCCUGAGGUCCAAGGGGGUCCCAGUGUUGACGUUGCCGCAGCCCCUUGGAGUCAGACUGUAUGCAGCCCAGACCGCUGAGGCCGUGCUGGAAAAAUCGGGCACCAAGACAGAUUCUGCUUCACAAGCUAUGUCUGAAAAAGCCUCUCGAUCCACGGAGUCCAAGUCGUUUGCGGUGGGUAUAUUCAAAGGUCAGAUCAACACGGAGCAAGUUUUCCCUUACCCUUCAGCGCUUACGGAAGAACAAGCCCAGACGUUGAAAGAACUGGUGGGUCCGGUUUCUCGGUUCUUUGAGGAGGUAAACGACCCAGCCAAGAACGAUGCCUUGGAAAAAGUGGAGGAGAAGACCAUGGAAGGCCUGAAGGAGCUCGGAGCAUUCGGUUUGCAGAUCCCGGUUCAAUUAGGCGGCUUGGGGCUCAGCAACACGCAGUAUGCCCGGCUGGUGGAGAUUGUGGGGAUGCACGACCUCGGGGUGGGCAUCACGCUCGGGGCGCACCAGUCCAUCGGCUUCAAGGGCAUCCUCCUCUACGGAAACCCGGCGCAGAAGGAGAAGUAUCUCCCCAAAUUGGCCACAGGAGAGACCAUUGCGGCCUAUUGCCUGACGGAGCCUUCCAGCGGUUCGGACGCGGCCUCCAUCCGUUCGACGGCAGAGCUGAGCCCCUGCGGCAAGUUCUACACCCUGAACGGAAGCAAGAUCUGGAUCAGCAACGGCGGCAUUGCGGACAUCUUCACCGUGUUUGCACGAACGUCCGUGAAGGACGAGACCACGGGCGAAGUGAAGGACAAGAUCACCGCCUUCAUCGUGGAGCGGUCCUUUGGAGGGAUCACCACCGGACCCCCCGAGAAGAAGAUGGGCAUCAAGGCCUCCAACACGGCGGAGGUUCACUUCGACGGGGUCCGCGUCCCCGUUGAGAACGUCUUGGGGGGCCCCGGUGCCGGGUUCAAGGUGGCCAUGAACAUCCUCAACAACGGCCGCUUCGGGAUGGCCGCUGCCUUGGCCGGAACCAUGCGCGGGGUCAUCGGCAAAGCGGCGGAUUUUGCUGCAAACCGGACCCAGUUUGGAGACAAAAUCCAUAACUUCGGAACGAUCCAGGAGAAGUUGGCGCGGAUGGCCCUGCUCCAGUACGUGACGGAGUCCAUGGCAUACAUGAUCAGCGCCAACAUGGACCAAGGCGCGACGGACUUCCAAACCGAAGCCGCCAUCAGCAAAAUCUUUGGCUCGGAAGCGGCCUGGACGGUCACUGACGAAUGCAUCCAACUCAUGGGCGGGAUGGGCUUCAUGAAGGACACCGGCGUGGAGCGUGUCAUGCGCGACCUGCGCAUCUUCCGGAUCUUUGAGGGCACCAAUGACAUCCUGCGACUCUUUGUGGCCCUGAACGGAUUCCAGAACGCUGGGAACCAGCUCCGCGGGUUGCAGCGGGCCAUGAAGAACCCCAUUGGGAACGCAGGGAUGCUGGUCAGCGAAGUCGGGAAGCGGGUCCGCAGGAAAGCCGGCCUGGGAACCGGGAUUUCUCUCACUGCCUUUGUCCACCCGAGCCUGAGUUCGAGUGCCGAACAGACGGUCCGGGCCAUCGAUCUCUUUGCCGGAGUCGUGGAGGAGCAGCUCAUCAAAUACGGCAAGAAGAUCAUUGAUGAACAGUUUGUGUUGAAACGCGUCGCCGAUAGCGCCAUCGAUUUGUACGCCAUGGUGGUGGUCCUCUCCAGAGCUUCCCGGUCUCUGGAGAAAGGCCAGCCCACGGCCCAGCAUGAGAAGGCGCUUUGUGACACCUGGUGCAUUGAGGCCUCCGACCGGGUCACCCGCAACCUGUCCUCCUUGCGCUCGGCCUCCACGCGGCAGCUCUUCAAGAACCUCCGGGGCAUCUCCAAGGCCGUGGUGGAGAGCGAGGGGGUCGUCACCCCAAACCCUCUGGGCAUCUGAGGAGGACCCCUUCUGCUUCUCAGGCCGCCCGCAUGCGCACAUCAUCACCCUCCGCCAGAAAUCAAUACCCAUCCAAUGAUAUCAAUGAGAAGGAGUCGCCCGCCGCGUCCGAAAAGGGUCUCCGCGGGGGGCAUAUUUAGGGAGACGACCUAGACCUCUUUGAGAGAGACAUGCCUUUAAUGCGCCCCUCAUGAAGGGGGACCUAUGCAGACACAUUAGAAGCCAUAGUUGCCCUGAGCUCAAUGGAACAGGAGCCUUAUUUACAUUUCCCUUUUGGGUUUCUCUUCUUUUUUGUAGACGUUGAGCUCUUGGUUUGUCGUCUCCCAUCCUCUUCCCCCACAACAACAACAACAACAAUAAUAAUAGUAGUUAUUAUUAUUAUUAUUAUUAUUAUUAUUAUUACUAUUAAUUUGGGGGAACUGGAUCCUGGAACCCACCCAAUUGUUUUGUUUUCACAUUGCAAUAAUACCUCCUUUUUUGUAGACAUUGAGUUCUUGGUUUGUCGUCUCCCAUCCUCUUUCCCCACAAUAAUAAUAAUAAUAAUAAUAAUAAUAAUAAUAAUAAUAAUAAUAAUAAUAAUUUAAUAAUAAUAAUAAUAAUUUAAUAAUAAUAGUUGUUACUAUUAUUAUUUUGGGGGAACUGGAUCCUGGAACCCACCUGAUUGUUUCGUUUUCAUGUUGCAAUAAUACCUCCUUUUUUGUAGACAUUGAGCUCUUGGUUUGUCGUCUCCCAUCUUCUUCCCGCACAAUAAUAAUAAUAAUAGUUAUUAUUAUUAUUAUUAAUUUGGGGGAACUGGAUCCCGGAACCCACCCGAUUGUUUCGUUUUCACAUUGCAAUAAUACCUCCUUUUUUGUAGACAUUGAAUUCUUGGUUUGUCAUCUCCCAUCCUCUUUCCCCACAAUAAUAAUAAUAAUAAUAAUUUAAUAAUAAUUAUUAUAAUAAUAAUUUAAUAAUAAUAGUUGUUACUAUUAUUAUUUUGGGGGAACUGGAUCCUGGAACCCACCUGAUUGUUUCGUUUUCAUGUUGCAAUAAUACCUCCUUUUUUGUAGACAUUGAGCUCUUGGUUUGUCGUCUCCCAUCCUCUUCCCGCACAAUAAUAAUAAUAAUAGUUAUUAUUAUUAUUAUUAAUUUGGGGGAACUGGAUCCCGGAACCCACCCGAUUGUUUCGUUUUCACGUUGCAAUUUGGCUACGCAAAAUCCAAAGAGUGUCCUGUUUCCCGGUUCCCUCCGUUCCAAGCUAUUGUUAUUUUCUUAUAAUUAUUAAAUACCUUUUGCAAAUUG